UAAUUACUUCAGGUGAAUGUAUUUCAAGAUUUACAAACAAUAAAGUUCCUUAUUGUGUGAAGUUCAACCCAGAUGAAGACAAACAACACAUCUUUGUAGCAGGCAUGGCAGACAAGAAAAUUGUACAGUGGGAUACACGAGCAAACGAGAUUGUGCAGGAGUACGACCGGCAUCUUGGUGCGGUCAACACGAUCACCUUCAUUGACCAGAAUCGACGUUUUGUGACGACAUCGGAUGACAAAAGCAUCCGGCUUUGGGAAUGGGAUAUCCCGGUGGAUUUCAAAUACAUUGCAGAACCAAAUAUGUACCCAAUGCCUAGCGUGACGCUCAGUCCCAAUGGUAAGUGGUUAGGCUUCCAAUCGAUGGACAACCAGAUUCUCAUAUACGGUGCACAGAAUCGAUUGCGUCUGAACCGUAAGAAGAACUUCAAAGGUCACAUGGUCGCAGGAUAUGCAUGCCAGAUGGGCUUCUCACCAGAUAUGAGCUAUGUUGUUUCUGGGGAUGCUGAUGGUCGUUUGAACAUCUGGGACUGGAAGACUACAAAACUGUUUAACAAAUUCAAAGCCCACGACGGUGUCUCAAUAGGCUGUAUAUGGCAUCCACACGAAACAUCAAAAGUUAUUACAUGUGGAUGGGAUGGACUCAUUAAACUGUGGGAUUAAAAUUAUAUGGAUCUGUUGGAUUAAGAUUAUAUGGAUCUGUU